CUGCCUUAUCCUUUUGAACAGGUUGUGCACCCCUCCCACAGCUGCUCCCUUCUCCAGGGAAUUGCCCUUGGCUUCAGGAUUAGAACCUCCCUCCCUCCCGUCCCCCUAGCUCACAGCCAGUAACUGAAUGAGGAGGGGCAGCCUUUUGCUUUAAGGUGGGACCCACUGUCAACCCCACCUUGCUCCCCUCACUUCCUCUCCUGAGGAAAUCACAUGCAUCCAGAUUGAGAAAGUCAAAGAUACACUUACAUAUAACUUAAUGAUCCCAUACCUGGGUAUACACUGGCAGAGAUGAAGUCUUAUGUUCACACUAAGCCUGCACGCAAAUGUUUGUAGCAGCUCUAGUCAUGAUUGCCCAAACCUGGAAACAGCCCAGAUGUCUUUCGAUGGGUGGACGGAGAAACAGACCAUGGAUGCCAGUCCAUGCAAUGGGAUACUGCUUGGCGAAUAGAGAGAGAACUACUGAUAUGCACAGUCAACUUGGAUGAGUCUCAAAGGCAUUAUGUUGAGUGAGAGAAGCCAAUCUCAAAGGAUUGCAGCCCACCUAUAGCUAUGGAGACCAGUGUGGUUGUCAGGGGGAGCCCCUCAACUUUGGCCAGAAUGGAGCAGCCCAAGGGGGUCGACUGGACAGUCAUCAUCCUGACAUGCCAGUACAAGGAUAGUGUCCACGUCUUCCAGAGAGAGCUGGAGGUGCGCCAGAAGUGGGAGCAGAUCCCUCCCGGGACGCUGUUACUGGCUGUGGAGGACCCUGAGACGCGUGUGGGCAGCGGGGGAGCCACCCUCAAUGCCCUGCUGGUGGCUGCCGAACACCUGAGUGCCCGGGCAGGCUUCACGGUGGUGACAUCUGAUGUCCUGCACUCGGCCCGGAUCCUUAUCCUGCACAUGGGCCGAGAUUUCCCUUUUGAUGACUGUGGCCGGGCCUUCACCUGCCUCCCGGUGGAAAAACCCCAGGCUCCAGUGGAGGCCGUGGUCUGCAACCUGGACUGCUUGCUGGACAUCAUGAGCCAUCGGCUGGGCCCAGGCUCCCCACCAGGUGUGUGGGUUUGCAGCACCGACAUGCUGCUAUCUGUUCCUCCGAACCCAGGGAUCAGCUGGGACAACUUCCGGGGAGCCAGAGUGAUUGCCCUUCCAGGGAGCACGGCCUAUGCCCGGAACCAUGGUGUUUACCUCACUGACUCCCAGGGCUUCGUGUUGGACAUUUACUACCAGGGCACCGAGGCAGAGAUACAACGGUGUGCCAGGCCGGACGGGCGGGUGCCGCUGGUCUCCGGGGUCACCUUCUUCUCUGUGGAGACUGCCGAGCACCUCCUGGCCACCCAUGUGAGCCCGCCCUUGGAUGCCUGCACCUACAUGGGCUUGGACUCUGGAGCCCGGCCAGUCCAGCUGUCUCUCUUUUUCGACAUCCUGCUCUGCAUGGCCCGGAAUGUGAACCGGGAGAACUUCCUGGUGGGGCAGCCCCCGGAGAUGGGGCAAGGUGACUCGGACGUCGCGGGUUAUCUGCAGGCUGCCCGGGCUGAGCUAUGGAGGGAGCUUCGUGAUCAGCCCCUCACCAUGGCUUAUGUCCCCGACGGCAGCUACAGCUACAUGACCAGCUCGGCCAGUGAGUUCCUGUGCAGCCUCACGUUCCCAGGGGCUCCCAGGGCCCGGGUAGUGCACUCCCAGGUGGAGGAGCUGCAGCUCCUGGGCGCUGGGAGCUCUGUGGUCAGCUGCCUGCUGGAGGGCCCUGUCCAGCUGGGUGCUGGGAGUGUAUUGCAGCACUGCCACCUGCAGGGCCCUGUUCACAUCGGCCCUGGCUGCCUCGUGAGUGGCCUGGACACGGCGCAGUGCGAGGCCCUGCGUGGUUUGGAGCUGCAUGACCUCGUCCUGCAGGGACACCACGUGCAGCUACAUGGUGCUCCCGGCCGUGUCUUCACCCUUGUUGGCUGUCUGGACAGCUGGGAGAGACAGGGGACAGGAACAUAUCUCAACAUGUCCUGGAGUGAAUUCUUCCAGAAGACAGGCGUUCGAGACUGGGAUCUGUGGGAUCCAGACACUCCCCCUGCAGAGCGUUGCCUUCUUAGUGCCCGCCUCUUUCCCGUGCUCCACCCCUCGAGGGCCUUGGGGCCCCAGGACUUGCUGUGGAUGCUGCACCCCCAGGAGGAUGGGGGCAAGGCCCUAAGGGCCUGGCGGGCCUGUUGGCGUCUGUCCUGGGAGCAGCUGCAGCCGUGCCUGGACCGGGCUGCCACACUGGCGUCCCGCCGGGACCUGUUCUUCCGGCAGGCCCUGCGGAAGGUGAGGCAUGUGCUGGAGGCCCGGCAGGACCUCAGCCUGCGCCCACUGAUACGGGCUGCUGUCCGAGAGGGCUGUCCUGGGCCCCUGCUGGCCACGCUGGACCACGUUGCAGCUGGUGCGGGAGACCCUGGUGUGGCAGCCCGGGCCCUGGCCUGUGUGGCCGAUGUCCUGGGCUGCAUGGCAGAGGGCCAAGGAGGCUUACGGAGCGGGCCAGCUGCCAACCCUGGGUGGAUGCGGCCCUUCUCGUACCUGGAGUGUGGAGACCUGGCGGGGGGUGUGCAUGCACUUGCCCAGGAGCGGGACAAGUGGCUGAGCAGGCCAGCCUUGCUAGUGCGAGCUGCCCGCCACUACGAGGGAGCCGGGCAGAUUCUCAUCCGCCAGGCUGUGCUAUCAGCCCGGCAGUUUGUGUCCACGGAGCCAGCAGAGCAGCCAGCUCCUGGACAGUGGGUGGUGGCUGAGUGCCCGGCUCGGGUGGAUUUCUCUGGUGGCUGGAGCGACACGCCACCCCUUGCCUAUGAGCUCGGUGGGGCAGUGCUGGGUCUGGCCGUGCGAGUGGAUGGCCGCCGGCCCAUCGGGGCCAGGGCACGCCGCAUCCCAGAGCCCGAGCUGUGGCUGGCAGUGGGGCCUCGGCAGGACAAGAUGGCCCUGAAGAUAGUGUGCUGGAGCCUGGAUGACCUGCAAGAUUACUGCCAGCCCCAUGCCCCAGGGGCUCUGCUGAAGGCAACCUUCAUCUGUGCGGGGAUCGUGCAUGUCGGCUCCAAGCUUUCGCUGCGAGAGCAGCUGCUGCACGCCUUUGGGGGAGGCUUUGAGCUGCACACCUGGUCGGAGCUGCCCCAUGGUUCUGGUCUUGGCACGAGCAGCAUCCUGGCAGGCGCAGCCCUGGCUGCCUUGCAGAGGGCCGCGGGCCGGGUGGUGGGCACUGAGGCCCUGAUCCAUGCGGUGCUGCACCUGGAACAGGUGCUCACCACAGGAGGUGGCUGGCAGGACCAAGUGGGUGGCCUUAUGCCUGGCAUCAAGGUGGGGCGCUCCCGGGCUCAGCUGCCGCUGAAGGUGGAGGUGGAGGAGAUCACUGUGCCUGAGGGCUUUGUCCAGAAGCUCAGUGACCACCUGCUCCUUGUGUACACCGGCAAGACCCGGCUGGCACGGAAUCUGCUGCAGGAUGUGCUGAGGAGCUGGUAUGCCCGGGUGCCUGCCGUCGUGCAGAACGCCCACAGCCUGGUGCAGCACACUGAGGAAUGUGCUAAAGCCUUCCGCCAAGGGAGCCUGCCUCUGCUGGGCCAGUGCCUGACCUCAUACUGGGAGCAAAAGAAACUCAUGGCUCCGGGCUGUGAGCCCCUGGCUGUGCGACGUAUGAUGGAUGUCCUGGCCCCCCACGUGCAUGGCCAGAGCCUGGCAGGGGCAGGUGGAGGGGGUUUUCUCUAUCUGUUGACCAAGGAGCCGCGGCAAAAGGAGGCUCUGGAGGCUGUCCUGGCCAAGACUGAGGGCCUUGGGAACUACAGUGUCCACCUGGUAGAAGUGGACACUCAGGGCCUGAGCCUGCAGCUGCUGGGAGGUGAGACCUCAACCUGAUGCUCCUUCCCAGAAGGCUUGUCUCUCUGUCAGAGGAGAAAACCUGGAGCUACAGCAGCCCCACCUUUCCUUCCCCCAUGGGAGUGUUAGCCUUCUACUCUCUACCCACCCCUUUGUGAACCUGCUCCCAAAGGAAGCCAGCCAACGUGAGCUUGGGCCCAGCCCUUUCUGAAGCUUUGUGAAACAGAUGGUGCCUGGGAACAGGACUGUGACCUCCUGGUUGACGGCAGUCUAGGCCUAGCCUCUGCUCCAUCUGGACACAGGCGAGUCCUAAACUGAGUGUCCCAUGUGGCCUUUACAGAUCUCUGGCCCGCCUUGGGCCUUGGCCUCCUUACUCUCCAUGAGGGCCUGGAAAAAGGAUGACCAGCUUUAGGAGAUGGCUGCGGUCCUUUAGUAAGGCCAACCCUGAAGAGGCUCUUCGAGGCAUUUCCUGUGGCCUUCCUUAGAGGUCAGGCUUUUGCCUGAGAAGAGACUGUUCAACACUCAUUCCUAGGCUGACUUGAUGGGGGAGGGGGAACAGGGGUGUGGGUCCCUACUCUUGUUUGUGGCCAUGAGCCAGUGUGGUCUUACAGCAAGUCACUGCUAAUAGAGGCCUUAACCAUUAACACUACAGACUAUGCCACAUGACCCACUGCCUAUGGGCAGUCGAUUCUCAGGAUUGCAACCUUCUUGGAAUAAAUUUGCUCUGCCCUUCCA